AUGGCUAUGAUGCAUCAUUCUUUGAUACAAGGAUCUAGUCAGGAAGGUCCAUCUCGUACUGCGAAGGGAUCUGGUAAAGAUACGUCAACCCCUUUGAUUAAGGCAAACGAGACCAUGGCGGACGUAAUUAAGGGUGGGCAGCCAAGGAUAUCGAAUGAACCUUUCAUUCUGGAUCCCAAUAAAGUGAAGCAAAGGGGCACGACAUCCCAGGAAGACGGUAUUCCUUGCCUUAAUAUACCUGACACUGAUAAUACUGAACUUGCAGGUCGCAUGGGGCUCGCCCUGAUUGGAAAAUUCUCACACUCCAUCCCAGCCCCCCACUUGAUUCGCAAGGCCCUAUCUAACUUCAAACUGAAAGGUACGCUAAAUUGGAAUUUUAUUAAUGCUAAGCAUAUCCUCAUCACCUUAUCUGAGAUUGAUGACUAUGUGAAAAUCUUAUGUGGAGCUAGUAACAAUAAUACUUGGUUUGUUGAGCAUCAUCCGAUGAGAAUGUUUAAGUGGACCGCUGAUUUUGACCUUUAUUUUGAGACUCCCAUUGCUGUUGUUUGGUGUAAUUUGCAUGCACUACCUAUACAUCUGUUUGAAGAAUCCAUGUUAUUUUCCAUUGGUAAAUUGUUCGGUGAGCCCAUUCAGCUUGAUCAUGCCACUAUCACACGUGCACGAUUGUCAUAUGCACGCAUUUGCAUUGAAAUAGAUAUCUCAAAGCCUGUUCCAGAUAAAUACAUGCUUCGAAUUGGGGGAAAGGAUGUGACUCUGCAGGUUAAAUGGGAUAAAAUACCACAGUACUGUUCGGCCUGCAAACAUGUUGGCCACUCAGAGGAACACUGUUAUGCAUUUGGGAAGAGGCCGACACCACCAAAGAAGGAUUUUUCUAGAUCAGCAUCACAAAAGCAAAAUGAGAUGAGAGGAGAUUAG